UUCUCUUCCAUGCCCUCGCACAAGAGAAAACAUCAAGACGACAACUCGGACAAUUCUGAUGGAUAUUCAGAAGUACAGCUCUCAGAUGACGAUGUUGAUAUCUCUGCUGCACUAACCGCAAAGAAGCCAAGAGUGGAAGAAGACAGCGAUGAUGAGGGCCUUAAGCAAAUGAUGCUAGAAUCCAUUUCCAAGAGGAACAUCAAAAGUGGUACUGAGAUACUGAAGAAGGCCAAGGGAAAGAAUCUUGUAAAAGGCGAGGUCGGAGGCGGCAGCUUUCAGAGCAUGGGCCUUCAUCCUUCUCUGCUUCGUUCAUUGAAUCUUCAGGGAUUUCGCAUACCAACUCCCAUCCAACGGCUUUCCAUCCCGGCUCUUCUGGCUUCUCCUCCACGCGACCUCGUCGGAAUGGCACGUACAGGAUCCGGAAAAUCGUUGGCGUAUAUGAUUCCCCUCGUACAGCGCCUUGGUGGCCGCCAUUUGACAACUUUUGGAGCUCGUGCACUCAUUCUUCUUCCUACACGAGAACUUGCACUUCAGGUUCUGAAAGUUGGGAAGGAGCUGGCGCGAGGAUGGCAUUCUGGAGAAGGCACCCAUGCUGGGGACAAUAAAGAUACUGCUAGCUCGAAGCACGGCCAGUCUCUUCGGUGGUGCUUGAUUGUAGGUGGAGAAGGGAUGGAUGAACAGUUUGAAAUGAUCACUAAUAAUCCAGACGUAAUAAUCGCGACACCCGGACGGUUACUCCAUCUCAUUGUCGAAAUGAACUUGGAUCUCAAGUCGGUACAAUAUGUCGUCUUUGACGAAGCAGACCGACUGUUUGAAAUGGGAUUCGAAACGGCCCUCAGCGAAAUCCUACAGCGUUUGCCAGCGGCCAGGCAGACACUCCUUUUUUCUGCCACUUUGCCCAAAUCCCUGGUCGAAUUCGCAAAGGCCGGCUUGCAGAACCCAAAGCUCGUCCGGCUCGACGCUGAGAGCAAAAUCAGCUCCGAUUUAAAAAUGGCAUUCUUCUCCGUCAAACACGCUGAAAAAGACGCAUGUUUACUUGAACUUUUGCGCGAUGUUAUCAAAGUACCGUUUGGAACCAUGGGGACAAAAAAUGACACCGAUGCUUCCGACAAGAAACACAGAGGGAAAGGGAAGCGGCCCGGAGCUCAUCAUGUAGAGUAUCUGACUACCUUGCUGACGACUGCAGGAUACUCCGUUUCCCAUAUCUAUGGUUCUCUUGAUCAGGUUGCUCGUAGCUAUCAGAUGGAGCAAUUUCGUCAGGGCCGCACCAGUAUUUUGGUCGUUACCGAUGUCGCGGCUCGAGGAAUUGAUAUUCCUGUGCUCGAAAACGUGGUUAACUACGAUUUCCCCCAGGGCGCCAGAGUUUUUGUGCAUCGAGUGGGUCGAACAGCUCGAGCAGGGCGACAAGGAUGGGCAUGGUCAUUUGUUACAAGUACGGAACUGCCCUACCUUCUGGAUCUACAUUUGUUCCUCGGACGUCCGCUAAGAAGUGAUGUAACGGAAGAUGGGGACCAGGUGUAUACAGAGAAUUUGGUUUUGGGCACCUUCCGGCGAGAGAAGAUCGAUGAAGAUAUGGAAUAUGUCAAAUCCUUGGAGGAUGUUAAUCACUCUCUCCCCUCGUUACGGGAGGUGAUGAAACGAGGUCACGCGAUGUACGAGCGAAGCAAAGGAAAGGCUAGCCCUCCGAGUUACAAACGUGCGAAGGAGAUGUCCAAGGAUCCAAAGUGGAUGCUUGCUGGUUCUGAUAGUGGCGUACACCCAGUACUUCUGAGAGGAUCCAACGCAGCCCAGUUGCGUGCUCAGGAGGAGGCGCGUCAUGCAAUGUUGCGUACGGUGAACUCCUUCCGACCUUCGGAGACGGUUCUCGAGGUAGGUGGAAAGGCUAAUACGGCCAACUCCGCCUUGAUGAAGGAACGGAGGAAGGCUCUACAAAAGUCAGCCCAGAGGGCUUUGGCAUCAACGUCUACAGCUCUGGAGGACGACGAAGAUGACGUCCCGGUGACAAGCACGAAUGUCGAGAUGGCAGAUGAGGAGGAGAUUAUGGCUGUAUUCGAUGCAGCGAAGAAGUCCGGUUAUCGAGAUGAAGAAUUCUACAUGUCUCACUACCAGAAAGAUGCUUCAACAGAGAAAGGAUAUUCACUCACGGACGGCGCUACCUUUGCCGAACAAGCACGGGGCGCUACCUUUGACCUUGCCGGUGAUGAGGGUGUCGCGCAACGAAAACGGAACAACCUCACUUGGGACAAGAAAAAGAAAAAGUUCAUAAAGGGAGAUGGUGUUGGUGCUGACAACGUCAAAAUGGUGAAGACAGAGAGCGGGACGAAGUUGCCGGCAACGUAUCGCAGUGGCCGUUUUGACGAGUGGAAGGCCAAGGCUCGGGUCAAUCUUCCGAGGGUAGGCGAGACUGAGAACGAAACUUCCCGGGCGCCUAGAGGGCAUAAGUUCAAGCACAACAAGGUCGCUACUGUGUCCAAACCCCUUGAUAAGCUGAGCAAGGACUAUGAACGCAAAGUCAGGCAGUUAAAGAAGAAGGCAGAAGGCGACCCAGAGACGACUUCAUCUCGCCUACCACCUGGGAAGAAAGGCAACAAGGUCGGCGGGAGAUUCGCAACCAAGUCGGUUGGUAGAGUGAAAGGUGAACUCAAGAAUGCAGAACAAGUUCGCAAGAAUAGAAAAUUGCUGGAAAAUCGGCGGGCAAAGAAUGGUCGGGGGAGUCAUUCAAAAAAGCAUCGUCGAUGAUGAAGGGCUUUAUACAAUCUAUAAUAU